CUCUAUUUUCAAAUUAUCUGCAGUCUUGCAUCUUUCCUUUGCAAUCAAUGUACAUAUCAAGUUGCCCUGUACAGCUUGUUUUUCACCAUUAAAAUCAAUUAAGAAAAUGACAAAGCAAAGAAAACAAUUUGGACUAGUUUUUGUGCUGUGGAGUUUGUACUAGCAAAGCGAUAUCUGCUAACUGAUGAUAUUAUACGAUUGCAAGAAUUUCAGCAGAAGAAGAUAGCAACUGAACAUCAAAUUUAUGGCAAUAAAGAUUCAUAUUUUAGAAAUAUUGAAGAAAAAAUGAAGAAAAAUGGAAUAAUCCUCAAAGAUGAAUUAAAAACAUUGCUGCAUUUGUGCCAGACACCAGACGAUGUGGAAAUAGCUAAAAAUGUUAUUUACAGGUACCAUACAGAGAACAGAAAUGUGGCCUUUGGUGAGUUUAAAUUUGGACCCCUUUUUAUGAGGCUGUGUUAUGAGCUGGACCUUGAAGUACCUGCAAUAGAACUCAUCAAAGAUCAGACUCUGCACGGCUUCUUCUCUGAUAGCACAUCAUUCAAUAUUUUGAUGGAUAUGUUGUUUAAAAAAGGUCAUUAUGAAAGUGCCUUGGAAGUGCUGAGAGAAAUGAAAAAACAACAUAUAAAAUUCAUCAAAGAUACCUAUUUACUUGCAUUUGCAAUAUGCUACAAACUGAACAGCCCAGAGUCUUGCAAAAUUGGCACAAAGUUACUUGAAGAGGCUCAGUUAAAAGGAGAUAACGUGCUAAGACGAGCAUACUGCUUUGCUGUAGCAUUUGCUCUGAAACAGAAUGAUGUGGUAAAAGCCCGGUCCUUUUAUUCUCAGAUCAUGAACACAGAGAACAGACUAUGCAGUAAUCUUAAUAUUCUUGUACUGGCCAAGUCUGGGGCACUAGAAGAUCUUAUGCAGACACUGGAGGCAGCAUUGGAUAUGGAUGCUUCACAAUUGGUGAAAAGAACUGAGUUUUCUGAGCAGGUGCUGGCUACAGUCAGGGAAGAGUUGGAGGAAAACUCUGUUUUUCGUGCCAGAUUAGAAGAUAUUUGUGCCAAGCUGCAAGCAUCAGGACAGGUAACCAAGCUGACUCUGGACGACAUGCUGUGCCAGAUUCCUUAUGGAAAGAAGCGCCAUAUGCAGUUAUUAAAGCAAAAGCAACUGAGCCGUCGGACUUUCAGACCCCUUAAAUCUGCUCUGUUAGCUGAGUAGUUCUAUAUUUGACUGCAAAUUAUACUAACAAUAGCAUCACUUUAAAAAAUGUGUGAAUAAAGCAUCUCUUCGCCUCCUCCCCUGCAGACAGAUGUUUUAAGCCAUUUGUCUGAAACAGUGUUAUGUUUUCUGACUACUAGCCGUGCACUCCCAACCAGGGAUCUGAGAGUCAAGCAGAGUUCUUUCCUUCUUGGGUGGUCUUCCCAGUAAUAAAAGUUAUGAUUCCAA